AUGCCACAUGUCCUUUUGUUUUUCUCUGUGAUUUUGGGGAAGUGUAGCCAGGGGCUUCUCCAAUUGAUUGUCGUUCUGGUGCCGGAUAUGUUGCAACCUGUUGGGCGGCGUAAAGAGGGUGAGUGUGUUGAUGAUGCGUCAUUUGUGCCCGAGGUUGCUGAUAUUGAUAUUGCGCCGACAUAUCUUCCAUCUGGUAUUGAGGGUAUGAAAGUUGGGGUUCUGGUUGAUAAUUCCUCAGAGGAACGCCUCUCAUUUGAUCGAAAUGCGCUUGUUGAGGGAGGCGCCCAUCUCGGAAGACAUUUCCCGUUGACGCAUAGCUUCCAUGACUACGAUCGCUGGAAUCCAGGUUGUGUCUACCGGGAAGUGGAGGAGACCCUGACAUGGGCGGAGAGGGGUAUGCCCAAGACUGAGCUCCGUCGGGUACCGCUCUGGCCCAACUCAGAUCAAGAGAAAAGCGAGCCAGGUCUGAUUUUCCUCGCCGUUCACCGAGCGAGAUAUCUGAAUGAUCGACUUGUGAGGUUGCAAAUCCUUAAGAAGGUCAAGGCCGCUUUGAUAACAGCAAGCUCCUUCUUUAAGAUUCCUCGUCCCGAAUUAUGCACGAAGAGCGUUGUCGGAACAAUAAUGAAGGCCGCUAUUCUUGAGAAUGGCAUGCACCGAACAAUCUGUGUUGGUGUGCAACUCCCGUGGGAAAUGUUGAAAAGGCUUGAUGAGCUUUCCGAGAGGAGGUACAAGGUGUGA